GGCUAGCUUAUUGGAGAUAAGAGUCUCGUCCAGUUUUCUGCUUGGGCUGGCUUUAAAUUGUCGUCCUCAGAUCUCAGCCUCCUGAGUGGCACCUGGCUUCCUGUCUCACUUCUACUGUAUAUGCUAUACAUAAUUAGAACUUUCAUUGCUAUCUUUUCCAUGAAGAGCUGGGACCUAAACCCUACUCCUCCCAAGGGUUAAGGGCUAUGUAUUGGCUGCUUCAUGACAAGUGCAUUCAGAACCUAGUAUUUUCCAAACUUUUUUUUUCCUGGUUCGAAUCUGCCUCCUGCCUCUACCUCUCACGUGGGAUGAGCAUCUUCUACUGGGCUGUAGGAAUAUAACCUUGCAACAGGUUCUGAAGAAGCCAGCCCUAAUGGAAGAGCCAGAGGUAGAAGACCAGGAGUGGCUGCGCUUGUGUAAUCCUACACAAGUGUUCACACCUGUUGCCAAAUACUGAAAGAGAGCCGGUUCUGGCUGUCCAGCUGAUCACCAUAAAAGCUUUCCCAGCAUGCACUUGCAGCUUAGGAGGCCAAGGAAGCAGGACAGCCUGAUAAGUGUGUGGAAAGAUGUCUGAGACAUCAACCACAUAAGGUAAGGCUGAAUAAUAGACUAUCAAUUUGCACAAGUGAUUUUUUAUUUAGGAAGCAAGAAUAAAUGUCUAUUGUUGGAGGACAACUUUGCUUCUUCAUAGUUUCAUGUUAAAAUGAAAUCCAAGGAAAACCUUGGUCUGUAGGAAGAUGGAGAUCUUUCUGGCUAGAAGCUUUUAGGUGUCGGUGGAUCAUUUGUUCCCCGCGCUCAGGCAGACAGUCUUGUUUGCUUUGUGGUGAAGCUAAACAGUAGUUGAACAGUUGACUUCAUUGGAAAAUAUUAUUUCGAAAUUCAGCGUGGUUUUUUUGUGUCAGUGAUCUGCAGAGAAGGGACUUGCGGGUCUGUGCCUGGAGUUUGGAGUGGAGUUGCUGGGCUGCGUGGAGUGGUCCCGUCACCAGAGAAGCCUGGGAGGAAUGACAACAUGUCUGCUUUCAGGCUGUGGUCUGGCCUGCUGCUUGUGCUGGCGUUUUUCUGUUCUACAAGUUCAUCGUGUGGCCUGUCAACACACAUAGAAAUAGGACACAGAGCUCUGCAGUUUCUUCAUCUGGAAGAUGGGCGUGUUAACUACAGAGAGCUGCUGUUGGAACACCAGGAUGCCUAUCAGGCUGGGACUGUCUUUCCUGAUUCCUUCUACCCUGACAUCUGCAAAGGAGGAAAAUUCCACAAGGUGUCGGAAAGUACUCAUUGGACUCCAUUUCUGAAUGCAAGCAUUCUUUACAUCCGAGAGAACUACCCUCUUCCCUGGGAAAAGGACACAGAGAAACUGGUAGCUUUCUUGUUUGGAAUUACCUCUCACAUGGUGGCAGACGUCAGCUGGCACAGCCUGGGUAUUGAACAGGGAUUUCUUAGGACAAUGGGAGCGAUUGAUUUCCACGGCUCCUAUUCUGAGGCCCAUUCAGUGGGUGAUUUUGGAGGAGAUGUGAUGAGCCAGUUCGAGUUUAAUUUUAAUUACCUUGCAAGACAAUGGUACAUACCCAUCACAGACCUACUGGGAAUUUAUAAGAAACUCUAUGGUCGAGAUGUCAUCACCAAGAAUGCCAUUGUUGACUGUACACACCUUCAAUUCUUGGCAAUGUAUGGUGAGACAUUUGCUGUUUCCAAGCUGUAUUCUACGUACUCUACAAAAUCCCCAUUUCUGGUGGAACAGUUCCAAGAGUAUUUCCUUGGAGGCCUGGAUGAUAUGGCGUUUUGGUCCACUAACAUCUACCGGCUAACUAGCUUCAUGCUUGAGAAUGGAACCAGUGACUGUAGCCUACCUGAAAACCCUCUGUUUAUUACCUGUGGUGGCCAGCAAAACAACAGCCUCAGCAGCACAAAAGGUCAGAAGAGUGAUUUUCAUAGGAACUGGACUACAUCCCUAAGUAAAGAUGUUGGAAAAAAUGUAAACUACACUGGAAGAGGAGUGUUCUUCAGUGUGGACUCCUGGAAGCCGGAUUCUGUAACCUUUGUAUACCAGGCUUUGGAAAAUAAAUUACGGACAAUGUUUUCAAGCAGCUCUCAGGAGACACUGAAUCAUGUCUCCAGACCCUCAGCCUCUUACUACUCCUCAGUUCCCUAUGCCAGGCUUGGUUGGGCAAUGGUCUCUGCCGAUCUCAACCAGGACGGGCACAACGACCUCGUGGUGGGUGCUCCAGGUUACAGCCGCCCUGGCCACUCCCAUAUUGGGCGCGUGUACCUCAUCUAUGGCAAUGAGCUGGGCCUGCCCCCCAUCGACCUGGACCUAGACAAGGAGGCCCACCGAAUCCUCGAGGGCUUCCAGCCUGCAGGUCGGUUUGGCUCAGCCUUGGCUGUGCUGGACUUUAACAAGGAUGGGGUGCCUGACCUGGCCGUGGGAGCUCCCUCCGUGGGCUCAGAGCAGCUCACAUACAAAGGUGCAGUGUAUGUCUACUAUGGAUCCAGACGAGGAAGACUGCCUUCUUCCCCGAGCGUCACCAUCUCCUGUCAGGAUGUCUACUGCAACUUGGGCUGGACACUCCUGGCUGCAGACAUGAAUGGAGACAGCGAGCCAGACCUGGUGAUUGGCUCACCUUUUGCACCAGGUGGAGGGAAGCAGAAGGGAAUUGUGGCUGCAUUUUAUUCCAGCCCAAGACAGAGUGACAAAGAGACGCUGUGUGUGGCGGCGGCUGACUGGCUGGUGAGUGGUGAGGAAGACUUCUCCUGGUUUGGGUACUCCCUUCACAGCGUCAUGGUGGACAACAGAACCUUGCUGCUCAUCGGGAGUCCCACCUGGAAGAACGUUACUAGGCUUGGCUAUUUAUUCCACAGCCAUAGAGAGAAAAAAAACCUUGGAAGGGUGUAUGGCUACUUCCCACCAAAUCGCCAAAAUCAGUUUAUCAUUUCUGGAGACAAGGCGAUGGGAAAACUGGGCACGUCCCUGUCAAGCGGCCAUGUGAUGAUGAACGGGAUCCUGACACAAGUGCUGCUGGUUGGGGCCCCGACUCACGAUGAUGUGUCUAAAAUGGCAUUCCUGAAAAUGACCCUGCACCAAGGCGGAACCACUAGGCUUUAUGCACUGACACUCGACACGCAGCCCUCUCUGCUCAGCACCUUCAGUGGAGACCGCCGUUUCUCUCGCUUUGGUGGAGUUCUACACCUGAGUGAUUUGGAUAAUGAUGGCUUAGAUGAAAUCAUUAUGGCAGCCCCACUGAGGAUAACAGAUGUAACCUCUGGGCUGCUUGGAGGAGAAGAUGGAAGAGUUUAUGUAUACAAUGGCAAAGGGACCACAGUUGGCGACAUGACGGGCAAAUGCAGAUCAUGGAUAACUCCAUGUCCAGAGGAAAAGGCUCAAUAUGUACUAAUUUCUCCUGAAGCAAGCUCAAGGUUUGGAAGCUCCCUGAUCUCUGUGAAGUCAAAGAAAGAGAACCAAGUUGUCAUUGCUGCUGGAAGGAGUUCUUUGGGAGCACGGCUCUCUGGGACACUUCAUGUCUACAGCCUUAGCCCAAAUUGAAGACACUCCAUUUUCCUAUUCUGCCCUUCCCUCUCUCAUGGAGUCCUCUUCAGGGAGGCCAUUCAGGUGGGCAAGCUGGCACAUCCAGUGGCUGAGUCCUGGGAGAGACUUGCUCUAACAGCCAGCAUGUCCGCAAAUAUGGCAAAGUGCAUAACUGCAUGAAAUGUAUGUAUUCAUUCCUCUUCCAAAUUUCACUUGCGUCUGCAUCUAAACCUACUCCUUCUAUUUGAACACCUAUGUCUCUCCCUGGACAGGAGAGACCUGGAAAGGUUUUCUGUGGUUCUGUAUUAGGACAAUCUCUAUGUAGUUCCCCUGUU